UCCUCGAAUCAGAAACCAAGAAAAAAAAAAGUUAAAGCUUCACAAAAUCAUCAGCAACAAGAAUUAAUGGAUGUCUUGGAGUAUCAUUCAGUUGAUGUAAACGUAGUGUUCAACCACUACAUGAGUUCUUCACUUGGUUUUUUAACAACCACCAAUGGUUUCUUAACAUCUUUGGCAGUUCUUACUGCUGUUGUGAGUUUUUGGAAACUAAGAUCAUUUUCGGUUCCAACACCCACCACCGAGAAAUCAACAUCAGCAGCAGCAUCAGCAUCACAAGUUCCUCCUCCUUCGGCUGGCGUUGCAACCGAAGCAUCUUCUCAGCUGUCAUCAAACAUCGAUAAACAAGUUCCAACUGUAACGAAUUAUUGCAGCUCGGUAGUUUCCGCUUUCGGUACUAUUAUUGAGGAGGAAGAGGAAGAGGAUGCUGAUAUGAGCAGCAAUACUACAAGUCCUCGGAAAUUUACCGUUAUGUAUUACGGUGAUGUUGGUAACGGAGACGAUGAGACCACAUUAUUUCAAUACUGCAAAGAUGUUGUCCACUACGAUGAGAACAACAGUACUGCUACCAUUGAGGCCUCACCAUUGCUGAGAACCAGAAAAGGGAACAAUGAUUUCGGUUGGUACAGGCAUCAAGAUUUGAGCAUGCUCAAUGGCAACGUCGUUAAGUUAUGGGACUGCAAAAAACAGCACAAAAGCUCGCGCUCCAAUAUCAACUGGAAUUCGGACGUGACAGAUUGAUGCACACGCAUCAUCACUAGUAGGGGUCGGGCCAUUAAGAGGAAAUUGCAAUAUUUAUGCAAGCUUCAUUAGCAGAUCUGACUAUGUAUAAUUAGUAUUCUAAUUUUUGUUUUUACAUUUUUGAUCCUAUUUUUCUAGUUUUGCUGAACUAGUACUUCGUCAUGUCUUCAGAAGAAAUUGUAUAUAUG